CAGACGCGACAACUUUCCUGGUUAAAAAAAAACAAGGUUUUAAUUUUAUUUAUUUCAUUGGUAAAGUUAGUGUGCUGCUGUACUCGCCAUGAGUAGAAUGUGUUUUGGUGAAAUACUAUCCACACGCCUGUUGUUGAUGCUAAUGUUGAUUCUCAACUAUGGUAGUGUGAAUUCAAUUCCUGUCACACCAGCGCCUAAGGCAACAAAUUGUGCUGGCCUGACCAACCCAGGGUUAAACAACCCGUGCAUGCGUUGCUCCUGUGUGGACGGUCAGUUCGAGUGUAUGAUCGAGUGCUGUAAGGGCCUGGAGUGUGUGGACGGUGUAAUUAAACCUGGAGCCUGCUGUCCAACUUGUCCUAACGGUAAAAAUUGCAAAAUAAACGGCCGCAUUGUUCCCAUUGACAGCAGGAUUGUGAUCCCAGGACUUGGCGAAUGCCUGUGUGGCCCUCCGGGUGAAGAAGGUCCAGAAACUGUAUGUUUCCCAGUUACACAGUCCCCAGUGACCACCACAACAACCACAACAACAACCACACCAAAGCCCGCCACACUCAAACCUAAACCUCUCAAGCCGGUUAAUACUUUGAUGUAA